AAGCCACACAGACUUUGCUUUUGAAUGAGCAAAACCCUCCCAGAACCAAGAUGUUGUCUUUGGCCACCUCAGGCCCAACUGGAGCUCGAAGGAUUGUGACUGCGAUGCGAGGGAGAUUUACGAGGGAUGGCAGGUGCUUGUUUACCUGUUUGCCAGAAUCUGCCCCCAGGACCAGAAACAUGGGCCAGUCCUUUACCCGAUCCUUGGUCAACCAUUACAGAUGCUUUAGUGCCACAGCUGCCACUCGGAACGCUUCAUCAGCUACAGCCAAUCAGACGACACCGUCCUACAGCCACAUCGUUGUCGGGGCCGGGUCAGCGGGCUGCGUCCUCGCCAACCGUCUCAGUGAGGAUGCCCAUGAGUCUGUGCUGCAGCUAGAGGCCGGGCCUAAGGACUUGUUGCUAGGCAACGUACGUCUCUCAUGGAAGAUUCACAUGCCGGCUGCGUUGACCUACAACCUCUGUGAUGACAAGUAUAACUGGUACUACCACACUUUACCCCAGGCCCACAUGGACGACCGGGUCUUGUACUGGCCAAGGGGACGCGUCUGGGGGGGGUCCUCUUCACUCAACGCCAUGGUGUACAUCCGCGGAAACGCUGAAGACUACAACCGCUGGCAAAGGGAGGGGGCGGAGGGCUGGGACUACGAGCACUGUCUGCCUUACUUUAGGAAAGCUCAGUGUCAUGAGCUGGGAGAAAACAGGUACCGGGGAGGCAGCGGACCUCUUCAUGUGUCCAGAGGGAAGACCAACCAUCCCCUUCACAAAGCUUUCAUUGAGGCGGGGCAGCAGGCAGGAUACCCCUUCACAGAUGACAUGAACGGAUACCAACAGGAGGGCUUGGGCUGGAUGGACAUGACCAUUUAUAAAGGAAAGAGGUGGAGCACAGCCAGUGCUUACCUGAGACCUGUCCUGGGUCGACCAAAUCUGAAGACGGAGGUGGGCUGCCUGACCACCAAGAUCCUGUUUGAUGGCAACCGUGCCGUAGGUGUAGAAUACACACAGAAAGGACAAAAGAAAAGGGCGUUUGCAGAUAAAGAGGUGAUAUUAAGCGGAGGAGCCAUUAACUCCCCUCAGCUACUCAUGCUGUCUGGGGUGGGAAACGCUGAUGACCUGAAACAACACAGUAUCUCUGUGGUUCAACACUUACCAGGUGUUGGCAGUAACCUGCAGGAUCAUUUGGAGUUGUACAUCCAGCAGCAGUGCACUCAGCCCAUCACCUUGUACAAGGCCCAGAAACCUUUCCACAUGGUUAAGAUAGGCCUAGAGUGGCUCGCUCUGUUCACUGGUUAUGGAGCAACAUCCCACUUGGAGAGCGGAGGGUUCAUUCGCAGUCGACCACACGUCACACACCCCGACAUCCAGUUUCACUUCCUGCCCUCGCAGGUCAUCGACCACGGCCGAGUUGCCUCCAAGUUCGAGGCGUAUCAGGUUCAUGUUGGACCAAUGAGAAGCACCAGUAUUGGCUGGAUGAAGCUGAAGAGUGCCAACCCUUUGGAUCACCCGAUACUCCAGCCAAACUAUCUCUCCACCGAUUUUGAUGUGUGGGAGUUCAGGGAGUGUGUCAAAUUAUCCAGAGAGAUUUUUGCUCAGAAGGCCUUCGACCCUUUCCGUGGUCCCGAGGUCCAGCCUGGUCCUCAGGUGCAAUCCGACGCCGACAUCGACGCUUUCGUUCGCCGAAAGACUGACUCCGCCUACCACCCAUCCUGCACCUGCAAGAUGGGCUCGCCGUCCGACCCGAUGGCGGUCGUCGACUCCAAUGCGCGCGUUCUGGGGCUGGAGCGGCUGCGUGUGGUCGACGCCUCCAUCAUGCCCAGCAUCGUCAGCGGCAACCUGAACGCUCCCACCAUCAUGAUUGCAGAGAAGGCUGCUGACAUCAUCAGAGGUCGCCCUCCGCUCGUCGACCCAGGCGUUCCCGUGUACCGACCUCCGACACUCGACACGCAGCGAUGAGCAGAGGGAACGAGUUAAGGGUAAACAGGUCACAACACAAUAACCAGCUUAUUCUGUGUUUGAUUAGGAGCUGAUCAAUUUGAUCUGAUAUUGUUCAAUGAAUAAUUUAGUGUAACAUUUCAGAGUUAGAUGUGUAGUCACAGGCUAACAACAAUUAUGAAGGGCUGAUCUAAGCAAUAAUGGUACGUUCAUUUUAGAAGUUUACAUGUGAUUCUGUUUUUCAGUAUUAUACUUGGUGUCCUGACAAAGACACAGUGGCUCUGUCGCUUCCUUAUUUUUGAAAUGAUGAUUUUAGUCUUAAUUUCCAUUCUAAAUCACAUAUGUCUUUACUCUUUAGUCACCUUAAAAUUAAUGUGAUAAACAACUUUUUCUGCCUCAUUGUUUUAUAUUUAGACAUAAAGUCCUGUUUUUUUGGUUAGAGCUAAAACACUAAUACUACAUAAAUUAUGUUUGUAGCUUGAUGGCCAGUUUGUGUGCUCUCUGCAGGAGGCCUGUACUCAGAGUCAGAUUCAGAUUACAUUUUCCAUUGAAAAUGGUUCUGUGGUGUUGCAAUUUCAUAUCUGAUGCCUGCAGUGCACCAUGGAUAUGUAUCAAAUAAGGCUUUCACUGUGUGUGGUUGCUGGGCUGGUGUUCCAGGAACAGAUGGCAUGGUUGCUGGGAAACCACACUGUGAACAUAAUGGAAAAUUGCUUCUAGGAAUUUGACUUAAUUUGCCUGACAUCACCUUGUUGACUAUAAACAAUGCAUCAACUUUGAUGUGUGUGUGUGUGUGUGUGUGUGUGUGUGUGUGUGUGUGUGUGUGUGUGUGUGUGUGUGUGUGUGUGUGUGUGUGUGUGUGUGUGUAAAUUCAUAUAAAAUGCAACACUAGAAAAAUUUAAUAUUGUGAAAAGUGAACUCACCGAAGAAGCCGUAUUUAUUUCAGCCCCAGGUGAGGUGUUCACUGGAAAAAUAUGUUUUCAUCCCAUGGCCUUCUUUGAUUAUAUUAGCUAUUAUAUAUUAUAUUGUUAACCCAGACAGCCUCAGCAGCACCUUUUUGUUCUGUCUGUUUGGUCACAUCAGUUACCAACAAGGUAAUUACUUUUAAUGUAAAAUAUACACACACAAAAAAUCUGUCAAUGUCACUUGUGUUUAUACAUUUUUUCUUAAUGUAUCAUGGAUGUUUACAAAGAAGCUUUUGAAGAGAAUUGUGUAUAACUGAUCACAUUAUACCACCUGUGCCUGUAAAAUCACUGUUUUAAUGGCAGCAUGAAUGACUGCAGUAUGUUAAUGAUGCAUGAAGCAUUAACACGUUUUUAUUAUCAACACUAAUAUAGGAAUUCAAAUCAUGUAUUAUUCAGCUUUGCACUACUCUAUGAAGUAUUUUUAUUAAAUGCAGUGUUGCACUAUAGAACAUGAAUGUUUAAAUCCUGUGUCCUAAUGAAGGAGAAACACUUUGAUUGUAAAGGGAAAAUGACUGUGAAAGUUUUUUCUUGUGUUGAUUAUAAAGAAAAACUCAAAACUGU